UACUCUAUUCUAAAUUUCGGAGCCCCUUCCAAAAUCGAAAUUCAUGCACCCUUUCCAAUCGGAACCGGCGCUUCUAUAGGAAUAUCAACAGGGAUUCUCUUGCCGCCGUCAAAUUGCCGGUGAUAGUCGAAUUCAACAGUUUUACCACUGUUCAUUGCUUCUCAUCAUUUUCAGUCAGAACCAAAAGUUACAGCAGUAAGUACAGAAAAUAAUCCAUUCAAAACUAUCUCUUCUGCAAGGAUAAAUACUUUUCCAGUUUCCAUGGAACCGCCGGGAGAAAAUCCCGCCGUCGCAGUCUUAACAUUUGAUUCACCCGAGAAAAUAAUCCUCCGGUGGGACUCAACGGUGUCGGAGGAUGCCCGUGAUAAAAUGAUAUUUGAAGGCGAUCGCCACGAGAUUGACCGCUAUCUGCAAGCCGUUGACGAAAUCCAGAAGUCCUUGGAAUCGACCACCGUGUCGGAAUCUUCCCCGUCCGUCCUCCAGAUCGCCAUGGCUCGCCUGGAAGACGAGUUCCGUAACAUUCUCCUCUCCCACCCUAAUCCUGUUGAAACGGAGUCUUUGAUUGAUCCAACAAUCUCAUCGAUUCACUCCGCCGGUACUUCCCGAACCAACAGCAUCGAGUUCAAUUUUAAGUCAAACGAAGAGGAAUUAAAGGAAGAUAGUAGUGGUAAUAUCGUAAGAGAGGGAAAUGUUGUUAAAUCCCUGGAGCAUCGGGAAAGCAGCAGCAGCACCUGUAGCAGUAUGUACAAAUCAAACGGCAGCAUCCGCGAGAUAGAUCUCAUCCCAAGCGAUGCAAUCUAUGAUCUUAGAUGCAUCGCGGACAGGAUGAUUGCUGCAAGGUAUCUACGAGAGUGUAUUCAAGUGUACGGGAGUGUAAGAAAAUCUGCUGUGGACGCCAGCUUCAAGAAGCUUGGAAUCGAGAAAUUAAGCAUUGGGGAUAUACAAAGACUCGAGUGGGAGGUUCUAGAGGCGAAGAUUCGGAAGUGGAUUCGUGCAGCCAGAAUCUGCGUUCGUGUACUUUUUGCGAGCGAAAAAAGGCUGUGCGAGCAAAUCUUUGAAGAUAUGGGAACCUCAACUGAUGAUGCUUGUUUUAUGGAGACCAUUAAAGGUCCGACAAUACAGUUGUUCAAUUUCGCAGAUGCAAUUAGCAUCAGUCGGCGAACACCGGAGAAAUUGUUCAAGAUAUUGGAUCUUCAUGAUGCAUUGAUGGAUUUGAUGCCGGAUAUCGAGGUAGUCUUUGAGUCGAAAUCUAGUGAAUCGAUUAGGGUUCAAGCUGUUGAGAUAGUGUCUAGGUUGGCUGAGGCUGCCAGAGGGAUAUUGUCGGAAUUUGAGAAUGCAGUGCUCCGGGAGCCAUCGAGAGUGCCAGUGCCGGGAGGGACAAUUCAUCCGUUGACUAGAUAUGUGAUGAAUUAUAUUAGUUUGAUUGCAGAUUAUAAGCAGACUUUGAUGGAACUGAUAGUGUCUAAGCCAUCGAUUGGUUCAAGGUAUUCCAAUGAUCCUAAUAUGCCGGAUAUGGAUUUUUCCGAGGUAGAAGACCAGGCUCUCCCCUUGGCGCUUCAUUUAAUUUGGAUCAUUAUGAUUUUGCAGUUUAAUUUGGAGGGUAAGUCGAAGCAUUACAAGGAUGCUUCCUUGGCUCAUUUGUUUGUGAUGAACAAUGUUCAUUACAUUGUCCAGAAGAUUAAAGGGUCAGUUGAGUUGAGGGAAAUGAUUGGAGACAAUUAUUUGAAAAGGUUGACCGGAAAAUUCAGGCAAUCCGCGACUAAUUACCAGAGGUCAACGUGGGUGAGGGUAUUGUAUUGUUUGAGGGACGAAGGUCUACAUACGAGUGGGGGUUUUUCAUCUGGUGUGUCGAAGAGUACUUUGAGAGAAAGGUUCAAGUCAUUCAAUGCUAUGUUUGAAGAGGUAUUCAGGACUCAAGCCACGUGGUUGGUACCGGAUACUCAACUCCGGGAGGAGCUUCGUAUUUCCAUAAUGGAGAAGCUUAUCCCAGCUUAUAGAUCAUUUCUUGGACGAUUCAGAAGCCAUAUUGAGAGUGGGAGGCACCCUGAGAAUUAUAUCAAGUACUCAGUGGAGGACCUUGAGAAUGCAGUGUUGGAUUUCUUUGAAGGACAUCCUGUUGCCCAGCAUUUGAGGAGGAGAUCUGAGUGAUUUUUGCCACUUGGGGCAAUUAUAGGACAUUAUUCUUUUUAUUUUUUGUAGGGUGGAACCCUAGAUGCUGUCGGAGUAAAGGAUCGUCAACAAGGGCGUUUUAGUGCGUUGUAGAUUCUUAUCCAAGACUUGUAUCAUUUGAUGAUGCCAUGUGAAUUGCUAGAAACAUGUGAAGUGUAUGGCUAAUCCAAUAACGAAAGUUUCGUAAGAGGACUGGAGCAGGCUACCAUAAGACAAAAGAUCUUCUUUUUAAAGAGAUUCGAUUCGGAACUCUUAUAUGUCCAAGGUUCAAUAUGGAAGGUUUUCCCUGACUUUGUCCAUGUCAACAAACAAUUCGAAAUACCUCGACUUUUUUAGAACAGGUCCGAGUCAAAUAGCAAUAACGUCAAUUUUUUAUUUUUUCUUUUCUUUUCUGUGGACUAAAGGAGAAGUUGUAAUUCUCCCCAGAAGAGCUUACAUUGGCUCUAUUCGUGAAUGCUUCUGCCCUGUAAGCAAUGUGUUGUUUCUACCUUUUUAAGUUUUCUAAGCACAUUUUGUUUCA